AUGUCAUCGAAAGAAACAUCGAGAGGAAUUAACCCGUUAUUCAGUGGCGCUGCUCACAGCGAUGUUCCGAAGAUCCAGGCGGUUCCAGAGAAACAACCGCCCCUAAUCAACCGCGCCGCGCUAGACCUAUACCUGGGAAAACCUGCAGCAACGCCAAAUUUGACGGCAAACUCGAUAGGACCGGAAAUGCAGAGCGAAAAUAUUCCGGACAGUGUGAAAGCCUCAUCUUCCCCAUUCAGCAGAAUCGGAACCGCCGUCCCACACCGGAAAUUUAGCCAACGGAAAUUCGAGGACGGCCAGCGCAUCAUUUUUGAGAGGGAAAGCUGCGCGAGCCGGUAUGUAACCGUCGCUUCCGUUGACAAACAGACGGAGACCUUUGAAGUCUCGAGGAAUGGGACUAUAAUUAGAAAAAUGGAAGUCCUUCCGGUGCGCGUUAAAGAAAGGUACUUUGAAAAUGAAGCUCUUCCGGCGCCGACAGAACAAUAUGAAGCCGAGGCCGACGUUCCGGAAAGUUCGGGCAGAGCGACUGAAAGACCGAAAAUUGCUCGCAAGCCGGAAUCGGAAGAUUUAGAAGUACCGUUCGACCCUCUGCCGUCAGGGUUGCUCUUUACGCGAGGACCCGAGCUUCGAAUGCACGCGCGCGGAAAAAGGCCUCCAGAGUACAAGCCUCGCAAAGAAAGACAAGAGCUUAGCAAACGCCCGGAUGAAGCUCAAGCUCAGCACUGUUUAGUUCGUCCGGAUGUAGAGAAAGUCAUAGGAGGGUCGGAGGACCUCCGGGUCGAAGAAGCGCCAGCACAAAAGAAGAAGCUCUUCAGCCACGCAGCGAUUCUGAGCUCAUACGCGCCGAGUGGAGCUCAUACCACCCAAAACAUACAGAUUUCAAAGUUGCAGUCUCCUCCGGUCGAUAUUUUCCAGAUU